UGUGUGUGUGUGCGUGCGCGCGUAUGUGUGUGUUAUGAAAGUGCACUGAGGUUUGUACUGAGCUUCACUCCCUCUUAUCACAGCACAGAUCGAUGUUCAAUCUUCACGCGAUCUGUUUGUAAAUAACUCUCACCAGGAUCAGCGGAUAUUUUCCUAUCCAGAUCACCAUGCUGCAAGGACUGAAGGCCUGAGUGCUUUAAGUCAUGGCAUCGCGGGAUGGCUCGGAUGGUUCCACAGCAGGAGAGAGGUGCAUCCCUCUGGAUAUCGAUGAUGUCCAAAUGCUUCUGCAAGUGGAACAGGAGCAGGUUCAAAAGAGGACAUUCACUAACUGGAUCAAUGCUCAGCUUUCAAAGAGGAGCUGUACCUCCUUAGUGCAGGAUCUUUUUGCAGACCUCCGUGAUGGAGCUCGAUUGCUGGACCUGCUGGAGGUCAUGAGUGGCCAGCACUUGAAACGAGAGAAAGGCCGUGGAGUUUUUCAGCAAAGGGGAAACAUUGAAACAGCUUUAAAUUUCUUAAAAAAUAAAUCAAUUAAGCUGGUGAAUAUAAACAUCCCUGAUAUCAUAGAAGGGAAACCUUCCAUCAUUUUAGGCCUCAUAUGGACCAUUAUACUACGCUGUCAUAUAGAGGAGUUAGCCAGCAUGCUCUCAUUUGGAUCCCGAUCCUCCUCUUUGGAUUCUCUGUCCAGUGUAGAUUCGGCUCCUGGAACCCCACUACGAGGUAGCCCUGUUCCACAGAGAGCGUCACCCAUCCAUACACGCUUUCGUCUCUCUGCUAAAAAGGCCCUGCUCCUAUGGGUGCAAGACCAGUGCCAGAAGGUGGGCUCCUCAGUCAGUGUAAAAGAUUUCAAAUCAAGCUGGAGGAGUGGCGUUGCAUUCCACGCAAUUCUUUGCUCCUUGAGGCCAGACCUAAUGGACAUGUCCCUAACAGAGAAGAGGAGCAACCGUGAAAACUUAGAGGAGGCAUUUCGCAUAGCUCAGCAGGAGCUGGGAAUACCCAGACUACUUGAACCUGAGGAUAUUGAUGUCAGUCACCCAGAUGAGAAGUCCAUAAUGACAUACGUGGCCCAGUUUCUGCAGUACUCCAAUGAUAUGCCUACAGUUGUUGAUGAUCUUGAGCUGCAAACUCUUAUUUUUCCUACAUGCUUUUCUCCUGUCAAUCUCCCCACCUACUACACACCUGCUGUUCUAGCUUUUCCUUUGCAUCAGGCUUCACCCAGUCAGAAGGUCAGAGAGAUGACUUGUUGGCUUCAGCAAGCCUAUGAGGAACUGCUGGAUGUAUGGUCCUCCACAGAGAGAGAGGGGUAUAGCAGACGGUAUCAGGCAUUCCAAACAUUUGUGGGGUCGUUCUAUGAGCAGCGGCGUCCAGUGAUUCCAAUGUUGAGUGCAAUGAAACGAAGCACCAAACUCAGUGAGGAACAGGUUGCCCUGAGACAGGCAUGGGACAAUAUGGAGGACAGGUUGCAUAGAUACAAAACUGAGCUGGAUGGAGCUCUACCUGCUCCUUUACACAGUUUGUCGAAUUGGCUACAGAGAAUGGAGGCAGUUCUGGAUGAGGAUCAGGGCACCUCUGACCACGCAAGUGCCGCUAGAAAUGCCAGAGACAAGCAAGAGCAACUUAAGGUGUUGAUGGUGGACAUGAGUGGCCACUUGGAUACACUUCAUCUAUUCCACAACACAGAUGAUGAAGGUUCCUCUCAGAUUCCUGAUGAAAAACUUGAUGAACUCAAGAGACGUUUCACCAAUGCCAGAGUGGCAGCAAAGUACCAUGGCAUCAAACUGGAGUACUCUGAGCACUGGCACAAUGUCUGUGAGAUUUUAAGCCAUCUCAAGGGCAAGCUGAAUACCUGGAGAGGACCCUAUGGCUCUCAGGAAUCUGUGCUGUCCCUGUUGCAGGAUUGGAGUGAUACCAUAGAGAAGCAAGGCAUGGUGUCCAUAUUAAAUGCACUACUCCACAAGCUGAAAGAGACAGCCAGCACAUACACUGGCAAGGCAGCCCUGUCCGAGGACUCUGGGACAGUGAACAGGCAGGUGAAAGAGGCUGAGAGUGAAGCAGCAGUGAGCACGGUAGAAGUAAACACUGUAAGGGGCACAAUGGACCGUGUGAUGGUGGCAUGGGAGUCGUACAAACACUGCUCACACUCACUACAGGUCUUCUUGGGACAGGCACUGGCAGGGAGCAAGGUCCCUGACAACCUGUCAAAAUGGAGCUCUCUCCAGGCCCAGCUAAAUGAAACAGGAAACUAUUUGAUUGAGGUAACCAACAGCUCCACCAGCUCCUCUCUAGCAAAUGAGCUGGGAAAACUCAACAGAAGAUGGGCAGAUUUCAUCAAGCGGACCAAGUUUACAGUGCCAUCACAGCAGGUCAGCAGCUCAGCCCCGGGUGCUCAGGCCGUGCAGCGCUUAGUGCAGGAAGCAGACUGGAUGCUGAGAGAGGCCGUGGAGGUGUCUUCUGAAGCCCUGCACUCAUACAGGAAAAGACUUCAGGCCAUACUAAAGAAAAUUUCAGACAUAGACCUGGACUUAUUAUCUCCAUCUCCAGGAUUUAGUAAAGAGACACUGCAGAAGCUGAAGCACAGACUUUCAGAGAUGAGGCAGGCUCUGGGUGAGGCAGAGCAGGCAUGUGGUGGGCUGCAGAAGACAACAUCUGAGUUGGAAGGUAGACUUACUGAGCUGGCUCACUGCAACACAGCGGCCAUGGAAGUUUGCCAACUUUGGAAAGAAUUGCAACACAGUGUCCACCAGACUCCUCACCCUAAAGCCAAAUCACUGAUAGGCAGAAGACUGCAACUAGAGGAAAAAAUGGUGGCAGAAGGACAGGAUCUGCAAGCUUUGCUGGAAAAACUGCAAGAGAAAUCCUCCCUGCCACAUCUCAGUGUGUGUGCCCUACAGGGCAGAGUGAAGCACACUGUCAAACACUCUAAGGAUAUCAUAAAGAUAUUUACCUCUAUGAGAGUUAAGCAUGAGGGAGAGCCUGAAGGUGAUCAACCACCUCCAAAAGUUAUUGUUCAUGCUUACACUAUACCAGAGCCCCAAGCAGGGACCUUCCAGGAAUAUGAAACUUGUACUUCCAAACCUAAGAAAUCCUUUCCAAAGUCAAUAACACAAUCUCAGCAACAAAAGAGUACUGGACAUUCUCAGAAGACAGCUAAAACUGGAAUUAAAUUCCAGUUGCUUUCUCAUGCUGAUCCUCAGUAUCAGCCACAUGAUCAGCCUAGUGUCCUGCUUAGAGCUGAAGACAUAGGGAUAAAGAACCAAGCUUUUCUGCCAAAUCCCUCUGGAAAUGUGAUGCAGACAGAGCUUCAAACCGAAUAUCAGAAAUUAAAUGUACGUUCGAGUCAUCCCAGGACCACAAACUUAUCAGAAUGGCCUCAGCAGCUAUCAGAGUCCUCCGGCAGCACUGUCAUUCAGUCAGUUACUCAAUCUGGAUCUAAAUCUAAAACUCAAGAUAUGAGUUUUAAUCCACAACAGCACCAUGGGCUGUUGGCCAAAGCUCAUAGCCUUCCCCAGCACCUGAAAACAUCAUGCGUACAUGUCAAGACACCCACAGUGGCACAAAUUCAGCUGCAGACACAGGGAGACACACACGGACACACCCAGCUUGAAAUAUCACCCCACACUCCACAACAAGCUCAGGCUUGGCCCAAAGUUCUUAGCCCUAGCAUACAUCAGAGACAACAAGACCAAAGUAAUGCCCCAAAUCCUCGCCCAGUCCCUGAGCAGAGAGAAGUGUUUGCUCGAGCUCAUGCUAUGGCUAGGAGCAGGAUGAACAAAGCCAAACAGCUUCUACAGCAACACAUAGAGGAGGUCACAACCAUAUUCAGCAACAGAGUCAUAUCUAAAGAGCAGGCCAGGAGGAAGCAGGGUGCACUACGGAGGCUUCAUCCAGCAGUGUUAAAUGAAUUUCUGGAAGCUGUGGAAGGUGUAGGAGCAUUCUGUUCUGAAGCUCAGCUCCAAGAGCUGGAAAGACUCUCUCUAUCUGUCAGGGCCCAGUGGGAGGAUGUCCGUUCAGCGAUAGAGUCCUUUCUGCCUGAGUUGUGGCAAGAGGUUGAACGAAGGCAGUCAAUUAAUCUGGCUCUUUUGAGGCAUGACAUAGACACUAACACAGAAAUCCCAGCCUGUGAUCCAGACCAAGUUUGCAGUAAACAGGCAUGUUCCUCAGUAAUGGAGCCUCAAGAGCAUCUGGAGGGACUUUCUGAGCUCAGUUAUAUUCUGAGCUCUCCAGCAAGCUCCUCUGUGACCACCACGCAGUUUACAGAGAGUGAUGGCAAAAUGGGCACUGUCUGCUACCAAGUCAAUCCAAGCUGGAACAUAAAACUGUGCCAACAACGCAGAGAGGGAGCACUGAGGACAGAGCCUGAGCUGCCUGCUGACCAAACAGUAAGCCAAGCUUAUUCACAGGAUACUGUACAUACUAACAGUGUGGAGACCAAACAGACAGCAGAAAGGACAGUCAUCUAUGCUGAGGAAAAACAGGAAGUGGAGGACUCCCUACAGGAAGCUUACAGCAGUUACACCGCUGCCCUCUCAGCAUUCAAACAGCAGCUGCAGAUGAACAGUGAGCAGCUGAACACAGAUUUCCUUACAGGCUGCAGCCUCUCAACUGCCACCCUGAAGAAAUGUCUUCAAGAUCUCCAGGUAAUGAGGCAGAAGACAGAGGCUUUAUGGUUUGAAUUUACGCUCCAGAGCUCCUCACACAUGAAGGAUGACUACGGAAUGGAAACAGACAGAAUAGAACUGAUUGAGCAGUGGAGAGGACAGCAAAUUUGCCUUCAUGCCAGGAUGAGGUCACUCAAGAGUGCGUUGGAGAUAUUGGAGCCAACUGAUAUUUGUAUCAAACAGCUCUCUGAUCAGCUAGACCAGAACAGUAGAAAAACUUUGGACAUCACAGGCUUUGCUCUCAAUGAUCCCACUGCAAUAUAUGAAGAGACAAAGCUGGUGGGGGAACACAUUGAAAGAGAAAUGAUGCUUCUUUCUGAGAUGGAGAGAAAAGUGACUGUCUCUGUGGGCUCAACUGAGACAGAGCUUCAAGCCCAUAUGCUACUACAGCAGAUCAUACAGAGCUGUACCGAGCGCCUGCAGCUGCUGAACAAUCGUCUGACUGGAACAAUGUCCGUGAUCAAUGCCCUGGAACACUUCCUAGGUUGUUUGCACAAGCUGAACGACGAGGUUUCCACAGUUGACCAUACAUCUCGUUUAACAGCAGCACCAGCAGCAGACCCCAGACUGGCAUCAAUCAGAGAGAAGCUUCAGCAGGCUACAGAAGAAGCUGCACAGAUUGAUUGUUUGCUCAAGGAUGCUGGGAUGAGUGUAACUCUGGACAAGAAAUUAGGCAGUUGUCAGGAUUUGGUGGCCAGCUGUGCAACAAAGAUCAUUGCUCUGGAAAUGAGAGGAGUGCAGGGCAGUAAAGAAGAGGAGAAGAGAGAGCGGAUGCUGAGGAAGAAAAGGAAAGCCCUGCAGGUCACACUCAAUGAGGUGCAGCGAUCAAUGGAAAAACAAGGCCUGAAGGAGGCCACUCUUCCUGCCCUGCAGCACAGAUUGCGAUGUUUGACAGACAUAGACUGUAAACUAGCUGCUGUGCGCUCAGACAUCCAGAGUCUCCGGGACACAUCUGCUCAGACGAGCACUUCAGAGGAAGGCCUCAGAGAGCUGGAGGUCCAGUGGGAGGAGAUCCACAAAACACUCAGUGAAAGUCAAGAGGAAUGUCUUUCCCUGGCCGAGCUACUGAAGAAGUUUCAGAGCUGCCAUGCCCAUCUUAACAACACUCUGCGGAUUAGCGAGCAGACAAUAAGUGAGCAGGCCUCCUACAUGGGCAGAGAAAAUCUUCAGCGUAUCAUAACCAGGGUAAACACAAUUAAAUCAGACCUAAGUGCUCUUGGAGAUAGUGUGGAAGAGUUCAGAGCUGUGUGCAGGCAGCUACAUUCUCGGAUAAGAAACAUCCCAGACUGUGCAGAUGCUCCAUUUGAGAGUGAGGCAGAUGCACUCAUGGACCGUUGGCUGGAUGUGAGUGAGAGGACAGACUGCCAUUUUGACAAUCUGCAGAUUGGGCUAUCGCUGUGGGACAAGCUUCUCUUGUUGACUAGGGAGGUGGAAAGCUGGACCAACAUCAAAAUAAGGGAAUUUGCUCAGCCACACCCAUUUCAGACAGAACAGGAUGUCCUUGCAAUGCAGGAAGAGCUGAAGAUACAGGAAGAAAAUGUGGAUCAUUUCCAUCACAGGUCUGCUGAGAUCAAGGAGAUUCUGCAUAGCAGUGAACCCCUCCUGGAGUUACAGGUUAUUGAGAGUCAAAUGAGAAAGAGAAUGGAGGAAGUGAAGGAGCUCUUCACUGAAACGAGUGAUGUCUACAGAGAGCUGGUGGCUGCCAAGGCUCAGGUUACAGCCAGGAUGACUGAGUGCAUGUCUUCUGUACAGAUGAUAAAAGAUGCCCUGAGCACACUUGCUGUAUCUAAGGGCCCACAGCUCAUCCAGGAUAUCCAGGUCUUGUCAGAGAAACUACAACUAGAAACUGAGCAGGAAGACACUCUGAUGCAGCAGGUCGCCAUGUUGGCCAACGUGGCCAAUCCAGAGAGCUUGCUGUCUCUUGCUGAGGAUGGGGCUCAGCUUCAUGAAUGCAUCUCUGAAGUCAGAAAUAUGAUCCUGCUGAAGAAAAAAGAAGCAGAAAGCCCCAGUAAGCCACAACAGGUCAAAUAUGCUCAAGUCACAAAAUCAGAUGAUAUUCAUUUCAAAGUCACAUUUCAGAAGAUACAAGAUACUCCACCAGAGAAAAAUGAUUUCAGCAACACUCAGGAAGAGCAGGAUCAAUCUUCAUCUGACAUCUCAAAAGAAAUAAAAGCAAAAGAUAUACAUGAGGAUUCAUUAGAACUUGAAGACUUCCUUAAAGAUUUGCAGAACUUCAGACAUCUGUUAGAAAGAACAAAAGACAGCCUUAAAAUAUUACAGCAGUCAGUUGACACUCAGGAAACAGAUACCCAGAACAUCACUGCUAAAGGGAUGGAGAGACUUCAGGGACUGCAGGUGGUGUUGGACCUGAGGCCGGAAGGAAACAGCAGGUUAGAGAAGCUGAAGGUCAGAGGUCAGGCUCUUCUCCAGAGACAUAGUGAGAGAGGAAGAAGAGACAUACAGGAUGUCCUAUGCAUGCUUAGAGAUGCAGAAAGCCAGUGGGAUUCUCUGUUGCAGUCUGCAGCUGAGCAGCACAGACUUAUACAGGAUGUUAUGGAACGCUCCUCCGACGAACAGCAACAGCAACUACAUUUGAAGACCAGGUUGCAACGACUGCAAGAGCAAAUUGCAGCCCUACCUGCACAUUUUCCCUGGCCAGGCAUGACUGAGAAGAAGUUAUUUGUUGAGAAGGCUCAUUAUCUUCUGGAGAAAGCCAAAGCCCUGGACUCUGAAGUUACAGCAUUGAAAUUUCACCAGGUCCAGUUAACACAAGACCCAAGUUGGACUGAUCAGUCCUGGGAUAGCCUGGAGAACAGUAUCUCCAGCCUAGUCAAACAAAUCAGUGAUGUAUGUGGUGGUCUGGAUGAGAGCAUUCAAACAGAAAGGCACUGGAGCCUUGUUCUAAAUCAGUGCAAUGCAACUCUGGACACUUUGCAGAAGGAAAUGCUCAUGUCCUCACAUAAAAAAGACCAGAAGUCUAAAAUGAACACAUUAGAAGUCUUGCUUCAAGCUCUGUGUCAUGAAGUCAAAAAUCAACAUGAAGUCAAAAUACUGACCACUUCUCUACUGAAGAGCUGUACUCCGGAAGGACAGAAAGCCUUGUCUCAGGAUGUUCAGACUUUGCUCAAGAAGCAUACAAUGCUUGAGAAGUCUAUUAAUGAGCAGCUCCACCAUUUACAAAGACAAAAGGCUGCAGAAAUGAGGUUUGAGGCAACUGAAAGAGAAGAGGAAGAUGGUAAACACAGUAAUGAGAUUUCUUUAGAGGGAAUGCAGUUUUCCUCACUUAUGGAAUCAGUACAACCAGUUCAGACUGUUUCUUUACCCGAAAUCACUGCCGAUGCAGAGAGUUCCUCUGCAGAUGCUGAUUUUUCAAAGCAGCAGGGUUCUGCAUUACACAUUGACAGUGACAAGCAAACUUGCACCAAGACAGCAAAAGCCUGUAAAACUGUUCUGCAUGCAGAUCAGCCCAAAAUAAUACUUGAAGGGCAGCAGACAAUGGAGUCUCCCAAAGUGGGAGAUGAUUUUGAAUUCAGUUCUGACAAGCCUGAUAAGGUAACAGACUCUAAAUCAGGAACAUCAAAAAGUAAAGAGGACCUUAUGAAGUCAUUGGAUUGUCUAGAGAUAAACGAACCAACCUCACUUAUUGAGUCAUUGCAGAUAGAUCAGACUGAAAUUGUUAGUUCUCAACAAAUACAAACCUAUGUUUUGACAGAAAGUUCCACUCAUGAUGCACAUUUGACAAUUCCUCAGCCUUCUGCACUACCACAUGGGGAUAAAACAUGUGCAGAUAUGCUACAAUAUAAGAACACUGAUACAAAACAAUCAACUGAUGGCAGACCUGUUUUCUAUCAGCGAAAAAUUAUAUCUAGGGAAUGGGACCGGCAAGAGACUGUAAACUCAGCUGGUGUUUUAAAUAGUCCAGUAUCAGAGGCUCUUGAAUUUUCUACAACAGAAAUUGAUUCGUUGAAUCAAACACCUGGUGCAAACCAGCCUCAAUCUUGUGUGGUGCUCUUGGACAGUAACAACAAAAGUGUUCUUGAAAAUGCUAAAUCUUGUAGUACUAUUUGGGAUGUCGCUCAACCUGUAAUAAAACCUGAUGGGCAACAGUCACUGGAAUUGGCCAAAACUAGGAACAUUAAUGAAUUCAGUUCUGAAAAUCUUACUGCUGGAGAAAGAGACUCUAAAUCACUUAUAAAAAUAGAUGAACUAAGUAAAACUGAAAAUUAUAAUCUUCAGCAAAAUCAAACAGCUGUUGUUACAGAAUGUUUCUCUGGAAAUGCACAUGUGCAAAGUCAGCAACCUUCCACAUUAUCAGACAUGGAUAGUGGCAUUUGUCCUAGAAAUUCUGCUGCUAAUUCAGAGGAUGUGAUAUCAGGAACAAAAAUAUAUAGUGAGGAUCAUAUGCAGUCACUUGAUUGUCAAGAGGAAAUGCAAUCAUCCAUACAAAUAGAACCAGUGCAACCAAGUCAGAAUGAAAAUGCUGAUCUUCAACAAGUCCAAACCCCUGUUGGUAUAGAAGAUUCCUGUGGAGACGUAGAUGUGUCACAACAUCAAGCUUCUUUGUUACCUGACAGAGAAUCUGUAGAGGCAGAUGUGCAGCAAUGUCAAGCAGUUCAAGAAAUUGGACUUGAUACUAUGUCCAUUUCCUAUCAGCAAACUGAUGGCUCUAUUGAUCAGGGCAGGAAAGAGAGGCAACAGAAAGCUACUGGAUAUGACAAAAGCACAAAUGAGCUGGACACCAAACAGUCUAAAGGAAAAGACAGCCAUCAUUCCCAGCAGUCCGGUUCUGUUAAGAAAAAGAAGAAAAGUAAGAUUGUGAUGAAAACAGAUAAAAGAGUUAAUACAGAAGACCGGAAAAGUGAAACAACAAUCUCCAAAGAAAUGAGUGAAGGCAGCUCUCAGCAUCAUCACACAACUAGCGCACGUCAUCUUGAUGCCACAGACACAACACAGCCUGCAGUCACAGAAGAGGAUGUGCUGAAUAACCAGGGAGUUGAUUCAACUAAAGAUCUUGAUGAAAGAAAUGUUUCCUACCAGCUGCACACUAUGUCUAUAGAUUGUGACACAGGUGACAGACAACAAAAAGCAAGCCCAAGCACCAAAAGCACAACUGACCCAGAAACUGAACAGGCAAAAUCCAAAGAGGACACCAUCAAGUUCAGGCAAGAACCUGAAUUCUCACACACAAUAAGUGAUAUUUCACGAGGUCCAGUACCAGAGGUUCUUCAAAUUUCUGGAACAGAAAUAGAACAGAAACAGACAAAUACAGAAGAAGAUUAUGUCACGUUGAGAAGGGGAACGGAGCCGACACACAGAGAAGCUGAUGUUUCUUAUGGUUCAGAUUCAGAAGUCCACCAAAUUUCUACAACAGUUAUUGACCUUUCAAAUCAGACACCUGAUGCAAACCAGCCUGAAUUUAGGACAGUACACAUGGACAGUGACAACAAAGUCAGCAGUGGGCCUGCAACAGUCUGUAAAUCCAUUCUGGAUGUUGAUCAGCCCAUAGCCAAACCUGAUGGGCAGCAGUCAGUGAAGUAUCCUACAGCAGGAGAUCCUAAUGACUUCAGUUUUGACAGUCUCACUGAUAAUGCAGCAGACUCUAAAUCAAGCAGAACAAAAAGUGAUGAGGCUCAAACAAAGUCAAAGGACAAUGUUGUGAAAAUCCAACUGUCCUUACAUACAGAAGCAGUGCAAUCAGUUCAGAAUGAAGAUGCUGAUUUUUCACAGAAUACAUCAGCAGAAGUUCUUGACAUUUCUAGAACAGAAAUAGAUUUGAGUCAGACGCCUGAUAUAAACCAGCCUGAUUCUUGUAUGUUACCCAUAGACAGUGACAACCAAAGUAGUCUUGGUGCUGCAAAAGUUUAUACCAUCAUUCUGGAUGUUGAUCAAUCUCCAUUAGAACCUGAGAAGCACCAGUCAGAUGAUGAUAAUGAAUAUGGUCCUGGAAAUUCUGCUGCUAAUUCAGAGGAUGUGAAAUCAGGAACAAAAGUAUAUAGUGAGGAUCAUAUGCAGUCACUGGAUUGUCAAGAGGAAAUGCAAUCAUCCAUACAAACAGAACCAGUGCAACCAAGUCAGAAUGAAAAUGCUGAUCUUCAACAAGUCCAAACCCCUGUUGGUAUAGAAGAUUCCUGUGGAGACAUAGAUGUGUCACACCAUCAAGCUUCUUUGUUACCUGACAGAGAAUCUGUAGCGGCAGAUGUGCAGCAAUAUCAAGCAGUUCAAGAAAUAGGACCUGAGACUAUAACCAUUUCCUAUCAGCAAACUGAUGGAUCUAUAGAUCAGGGCAGGAAAGAGAGAAAACAGAAAGCAACUGGAUAUGACAAAAGCACAAAUGAGCAGGACACCAAACAGGCUAAAGGAAAAGACAGCCAUCAUUCCCAGCAGUCCGGUUCUGUUAAGAAAAAGAAGAAAAGCAAGAGUGUCAGGAAAACAGAUAAAAGAGUUAAUACAGAAGACCGGAAAAGUGAAACAACAAUCUCCAAAGGAAUGAUUGAAGGCAGCUCUCAGCAUCAUCACACAACUAGCGCACGUCAUCUUGAUGCCACAGACACAACACAGCCUGCAGUCACAGAAGAGGAUGUGCUGAAUAACCAGGGAGUUGAUUCAACUAAAGAUCUUGAUGGAAGAAAUGUUUCCUACCAGCUGCACACUAUGUCUAUAGAUUGUGACACAGGUGGCAGACAACAAAAAGCAAGCCCAAGCACCAAAAGCACAACUGACCCAGAAACUGAACAGGCAAAAUCCAAAGAGGACACCAUCAAGUUCAGGCAAGAACCUGAAUACUCAGACACAAUAAGUGAUAUUUCACAAGGUCCAGUACCAAAGGUUCUUCAAAUUUCUAGAACAGAAAUAGAACAGAAACAGACAAAUACAGAAGAAGAUUAUGUCACGUUCAGAAGGGGAACUGAGCCGACACACAGAGAAGCUGAUGUUUCUCAUGGUCCAGAUUCAGAAGUCCACCAAAUUUCUGCAACAGUAAUUGACCCUUCAAAUCAGACACCUGAUGCAAACCAGCCUGAAUUUAGGACAGUACACAUGGACAGUGACAACAAAGUCAGCAUUGGGCCUGCAACAGUCUGUAAACCCAUUCUGGAUGUUGAUCAGCUCAUACCCAAUCCUGAUGGGCAGCAGUCAGUGAAGUAUCCUACAGCAGGAGAUCCUAAUGACUUCAGUUUUGACAGUCUCACUGAUAAUGCAGCAGACUCUAAAUCAAGCAGAACAAAAUGUGAUGAGGCUCAAACAAAGUCAGUGGACAAUGUUGUGAAAAUCCAACUGUCCUUACAUUCAGAAUCAGUGCAAACAGUUCAGAAUGAAGAUGCUCAUUCGCAUCAACAGCAGGCCAAUGUUUGUGCAGACAGUACCACUGAAGAUGCAGAUUUGUCAAGGCAAGAAUCCACAAUACCAGUAAUGGAUGCAUUGCAGAAUCAGGAAUUUGUUACAACAGCAGAGAUUAAUGUUAGAUCUGAUUACUACCAAAAAUCUCCCUUUUAUCCAGAUCCACACCAACAGCCAGAGCACAAGAGGGCGAUCCCAAUUGAGAGAAAUGAACCAGAUUCAGAACAGGCAAAACCAGAAGAAACUAGUAAGUUCAGAGCAGUAAGUGAACAAAAACAAGAAGUUGAUUUUUCACAUAACACAUCAGUAAAGGUUCUUGACAUUUCUAGAACAGAAAUAGAUUUGAGUCAGAUGCCUGAUGUAAACCAGCCUGAUUCUUGUAUGUUACCCAUAGACAGUGACAACCAAAUUAGUCUUGGUGCUGCAAAAGUUUAUACCAUCAUUCUGGAUGUUGAUCAAUCUCCAUUAGAACCUGAGAAGCACCAGUCAGAUGAUGAUAAUGAAUAUGGUCCUGGAAAUUCUGCUGCUAAUUCAGAGGAUGUGAAAUCAGGAACAAAAGUAUAUAGUGAGGAUCAUAUGCAGUCACUGGAUUGUCAAGAGGAAAUGCAAUCAUCCAUACAAACAGAACCAGUGCAACCAAGUCAGAAUGAAAAUGCUGAUCUUCAAGUCCAAACCCCUGUUGGUAUAGAAGAUUCCUGUGGAGACGUAGAUGUGUCACACCAUCAAGCUUCUUUGCUACCUGACAGAGAAUCUGUAGAAGCAGAUGUGCAGCAAUAUCAAGCAGUUCAAGAAAUAGAACCUGAGACUAUAACCAAUUCCUAUCAGCAAACUGAUGGAUCUAUAGAUCAGGGCAGGAAAGAGAGACAACAGAAUGCAACUGGAUAUGACAAAAGCACAAAUGAGCAGGACACCAAACAGGCUAAAGGAAAAGACAGCCAUCAUUCCCAGCAGUCCGGUUCUGUUAAGAAAAAGAAGAAAAGCAAGAGUGUGAUGAAAACAGAUAAAAGAGUUAAUACAGAAGACCGGAAAAGUGAAACAACAAUCUCCAAAGGAAUGAGUGAAGGCAGCUCUCAGCAUCAUCACACAACUAGCGCACGUCAUCUUGAUGCCACAGACACAACACAGCCUGCAGUCACAGAAGAGGAUGUGCUGAAUAACCAGGGAGUUGAUUCAACUAAAGAUCUUGAUGGAAGAAAUGUUUCCUACCAGCUGCACACUAUGUCUAUAGAUUGUGACACGGGUGGCAGACAACAAAAAGCAAGCCCAAGCACCAAAAGCACAACUGACCCAGAAACUGAACAGGCAAAAUCCAAAGAGGACACCAUCAAGUUCAGGCAAGAACCUGAAUACUCAGACACAAGAAGUGAUAUUUCACAAGGUCCAGUGCCAGAGGUUCUUCAAAUUUCUGGAACAGAAAUAGAACAGAAACAGACAAAUACAGAAGAAGAUUAUGUCACGUUCAGAACGGGCACUGAGCCGACACACAGAGAAGCUGAUGUUUCUUAUGGUCCAGAUUCAGAAGUCCUCCAAAUUUCUACAACAGUAAUUAACCCUUCAAAUCAGACACCUGAUGCAAACCAGCCUGAAUUUAGGACACUACACAUGGACAGUGACAACAAAGUCAGCAUUGGGCCUGCAACAGUCUGUAAAUCCAUUCUGGAUGUUGAUCAGCCCACAGCCAAACCUGAUGGGCAGCAGUCAGUGAAGUAUCCUACAGCAGGAUAUCCUAAUGACUUCAGUUUUGACAGUCUCACUGAUAAUGCAGCAGACUCUAAAUCAAGCAGAACAAAAAGUGAUGAGGCUCAAAUGAAGUCAGUGGACAAUGUUGUGAAAAUCCAACUGUCCUUACAUACAGAAUCAGUGCAAACAGUUCAGCACGAAGAUGCUGAUUUUUCACAUAAUACAUCAGCAGAAGUUCUUGACAUUUCUAGAACAGAAAUAGAUUUGAGUCAGAUGCCUGAUAUAAACCAGCCUGAUUCUUGUAUGUUACCCAUAGAAAGUGACAACCAAAGUAGUCUUGGUGCUGCAAACGUUUAUACCAUCAUUCUGGAUGUUGAUCAAUCUCCAUUAAAACCUGAGAAGCACCAGUCAGAUGAUGAUAAUGAUGUUGGUCCUGGAAAUUCUGCUGCUAAUUCAGAGGAUGUUAAAUCAGGAACAAAAAUAUAUAGUGAGGAUCAUAUGCAGUCACUGGAUUGUCAAGAGGAAAUGCAAUCAUCCAUACAAACAGAACCAGUGCAACCAAGUCAGAAUGAAAAUGCUGAUCUUCAACAAGUCCAAACCCCUGUUGGUAUAGAAGAUUCCUGUGGAGACAUAGAUGUGUCACACCAUCAAGCUUCUUUGUUACCUGACAGAGAAUCUGUAGAGGCAGAUGUGCAGCAAUGUCAAGCAGUUCAAGAAAUUGGACUUGAUACUAUGUCCAUUUCCUAUCAGCAAACUGAUGGCUCUAUUGAUCAGGGCAGGAAAGAGAAGCAACAGAAAGCUACUGGAUAUGACAAAAGCACAAAUGAGCUGGACACCAAACAGUCUAAAGGAAAAGACAGCCAUCAUUCCCAGCAGUCCGGUUCUGUUAAGAAAAAGAAGAAAAGUAAGAUUGUGAUGAAAACAGAUAAAAGAGUUAAUACAGAAGACCGGAAAAGUGAAACAACAAUCUCCAAAGAAAUGAGUGAAGGCAGCUCUCAGCAUCAUCACACAACUAGCGCACGUCAUCUUGAUGCCACAGACACAACACAGCCUGCAGUCACAGAAGAGGAUGUGCUGAAUAACCAGGGAGUUGAUUCAACUAAAGAUCUUGAUGGAAGAAAUAUUUCCUACCAGCUGCACACUAUGUCUAUAGAUUGUGACACAGGUGGCAGACAACAAAAAGCAAGCCCAAGCACCAAAAGCACAACUGACCCAGAAACUGAACAGGCAAAAUCCAAAGAGGACACCAAGUUCAGGCAAGAACCUGAAUACUCAGACACAAGAAGUGAUAUUUCACAAGGUCCAGUGCCAGAGGUUCUUCAAAUUUCUGGAACAGAAAUAGAACAUAAACAGACAAAUACAGAAGAAGAUUAUGUCACGUUCAGAACGGUCACUGAGCCGACACACAGAGAAGCUGAUGUUUCUUAUGGUCCAGAUUCAGAAGUUCUCCAAAUUUCUACAACAGUAAUUAACCCUUCAAAUCAGACACCUGAUGCAAACCAGCCUGAAUUUAGGACACUACACAUGGACAGUGACAACAAAGUCAGCAUUGGGCCUGCAACAGUCUGUAAAUCCAUUCUGGAUGUUGAUCAGCCCACAGCCAAACCUGAUGGGCAGCAGUCAGUGAAGUAUCCUACAGCAGGAUAUCCUAAUGACUUCAGUUUUGACAGUCUCACUGAUAAUGCAGCUGACUCUAAAUCAAGCAGAACAAAAAAUGAUGAGGCUCAAACGAAGUCAGUGGACAAUGUUGUGAAAAUCCAACUGUCCUUACAUACAGAAUCAGUGCAAACAGUUCAGAAUGAAGAUGCUCAAUCGCAUCAACAGCAGGCCAAUGUUUGUGCAGACAGUACCACUGAAGAUGCAAAUUUGUCAAGUCAAGAAUCUACAAUACCAGUAAUGGAUGCAUUGCAGAAUCAACAAGUUGUUACAACAGCAGAGAUUAAUGUUAGAUCUGAUUACGCCCAAAAAUCUCCUGUGUAUCUAGAUCCGCACCAACAGCCAGGGCACAAGAGGGCGAUCCCAAUUGAGAGAAAUGAACCAGAUUCAGAACAGGUAAAACCAGAAGAAACUAGUAAGUUCAGAGCAGUAAGUGAACAAAAACAAGAAGAAGUUGAUUUUUCACAUAAUACAUCAGCAGAAGUUCUUGACAUUUCUAGAACAGAAAUAGAUUUGAGUCAGACGCCUGAUAUAAACCAGCCUGAUUCUUGUAUGUUACCCAUAGACAGUGACAACCACAGUAGUAUUGGUGCUGCAAAAGUUUAUACCAUCAUUCUGGAUGUUGAUCAAUCUCCAUUAAAACCUGAGAAGCACCAGUCAGAUGAUGAUAAUGAAUAUGGUCCUGGAAAUUCUGCUGCUAAUUCAAAGGAUGUGAAACCAGGAACAAACAUAUAUAGUGAGGAUCAUAUGCUGUCACUGGAUUGUCAAGAGGAAAUGCAAUCAUCCAUACAAACAGAACCAGUGCAACCAAGUCAGAAUGAAAAUGCUGAUCUUCAACAAGUCCAAACCCCUGUUGGUAUAGAAGAUUCCCAUGGAGAAGUAGAUGUGUCACACCAUCAAGUUUCUUUGUUACCUGACAGAGAAUCUGUAGAGGCAGAUGUGCAGCAAUAUCAAGCAGUUCAAGAAAUAGAACCUGAGACCAUAACCAUUUCCUAUCAGCAAACUGAUGGAUCCAUAGAUCAGGGCAGGAAAGAGAGACAACAGAAAGCUACUGGAUAUGACAAAAGCACAAAUGAGCAGGACACCAAACAGUCUAAAGGAAUAGACAGCCAUCAUUCCCAGCAGUCCAGUUCUGUUAAGAAAAAGAAGAAAAGCAAGAGUGUGAUGAAAACAGAUAAAAGAGUUAAUACAGAAGACCGGAAAAGUGAAACAACAAUCUCCAAAGAAAUGUGUGAAGGCAGCUCUCAGCAUCAUCACACAACUAGCGCACGUCAUCUUGAUGCCACAGACACAACACAACUUGCAGUUACAGAAAAAAAUGUGCUGAAUAACCAGGGAGUUGAUUCAACUAAAGAUCUUGAUGAAAGAAAUGUUUCCUACCAGCUGCACACUAUGUCUAUAGAUUGUGACACAGGGGACAGACAACAAAAUGCAAGCCCAAGCACCAAAAGCACAACUGACCCAGAAACUGAACAGGCAAAAUCCAAAGAGGACACCAAGUUCAGGCAAGAACCUGAAUAUUCAGACACAAUAAUUGAUAUUUCACAAGGUCCAGUACCAGAGGUUCUUCAAAUUUCUAGAACAGAAAUAGAACAUAAACAGACAAAUACAGAAGAAGAUUAUGUCACGUUCAGAAGGGGAACUGAGCCGACACACAGAGAAGCUGAUGUUUCUUAUGGUCCAGAUUCAGAAGUUCUCCAAAUUUCUGCAACAGUAAUUGACCCUUCAAAUCAGACACCUGAUGCAAACCAGCCUGAAUUUAGGACAGUACACAUGGACAGUGACAACAAAGUCAGCAUUGGGCCUGCAACAGUCUGUAAAUCCAUUCAGGAUGUUGAUCAGCGCACAGCCAAACCUGAUGGGCAGCAGUCAGUGAAGUAUCCUACAGCAGGAUAUCCUAAUGACUUCAGUUUUGACAGUCUCACUGAUAAUGCAGCUGACUCUAAAUCAAGCAGAACAAAAAGUGAUGAGGCUCAAACGAAGUCAGUGGACAAUGUUGUGAAAAUCCAACUGUCCUUACAUACAGAAUCAGUGCAAUCAGUUCAGAAUGAAGAUGCUGAUUUUUCACAUAAUACAUCAGCAGAAGUUCUUGACAUUUCUAGAACAGAAAUAGAUUUGAGUCAGACGCCUGAUAUAAACCAGCCUGAUUCUUGUAUGUUACCCAUAGACAGUGACAACCACAGUAGUCUUGGUGCUGCAAAAGUUUAUACCAUCAUUCUGGAUGUUGAUCAAUCUCCAUUAAAACCUGAGAAGCACCAGUCAGAUGAUGAUAAUGAAUAUGGUCCUGGAAAUUCUGCUGCUAAUUCAGAGGAUGUGAAAUCAGGAACAAACAUAUAUAGUGAGGAUCAUAUGCAGUCACUGGAUUGUCAAGAGGAAAUGCAAUCAUCCAUACAAACAGAACCAGUGCAACCAAGUCAGAAUGAAAAUGCUGAUCUUCAACAAGUCCAAACCCCUGUUGGUAUAGAAGAUUCCUGUGGAGACAUAGAUGUGUCACACCAUCAAGCUUCUUUGUUACCUGACAGAGAAUCUGUAGAGGCAGAUGUGCAGCAAUGUCAAGCAGUUCAAGAAAUUGGACUUGAUACUAUGUCCAUUUCCUAUCAGCAAACUGAUGGCUCUAUUGAUCAGGGCAGGAAAGAGAGGCAACAGAAAGCUACUGGAUAUGACAAAAGCACAAAUGAGCUGGACACCAAACAGUCUAAAGGAAAAGACAGCCAUCAUUACCAGCAGUCCGGUUCUGUUAAGAAAAAGAAGAAAAGUAAGAUUGUGAUGAAAACAGAUAAAAGAGUUAAUACAGAAGACCGGAAAAGUGAAACAACAAUCUCCAAAGAAAUGAGUGAAGGCAGCUCUCAGCAUCAUCACACAACUAGCGCACGUCAUCUUGAUGCCACAGACACAACACAGCCUGCAGUCACAGAAGAGGAUGUGCUGAAUAACCAGGGAGUUGAUUCAACUAAAGAUCUUGAUGGAAGAAAUGUUUCCUACCAGCUGCACACUAUGUCUAUAGAUUGUGACACAGGUGGCAGACAACAAAAAGCAAGCCCAAGCACCAAAAGCACAACUGACCCAGAAACUGAACAGGCAAAAUCCAAAGAGGACACCAAGUUCAGGCAAGAACCUGAAUAUUCAGACACAAUAAUUGAUAUUUCACAAGGUCCAGUACCAGAGGUUCUUCAAAUUUCUAGAACAGAAAUAGAACAUAAACAGACAAAUACAGAAGAAGAUUAUGUCACGUUCAGAAGGGGAACUGAGCCGACACACAGAGAAGCUGAUGUUUCUUAUGGUCCAGAUUCAGAAGUUCUCCAAAUUUCUGCAACAGUAAUUGACCCUUCAAAUCAGACACCUGAUGCAAACCAGCCUGAAUUUAGGACAGUACACAUGGACAGUGACAACAAAGUCAGCAUUGGGCCUGCAACAGUCUGUAAAUCCAUUCAGGAUGUUGAUCAGCGCACAGCCAAACCUGAUGGGCAGCAGUCAGUGAAGUAUCCUACAGCAGGAUAUCCUAAUGACUUCAGUUUUGACAGUCUCACUGAUAAUGCAGCUGACUCUAAAUCAAGCAGAACAAAAAGUGAUGAGGCUCAAACGAAGUCAGUGGACAAUGUUGUGAAAAUCCAACUGUCCUUACAUACAGAAUCAGUGCAAUCAGUUCAGAAUGAAGAUGCUGAUUUUUCACAUAAUACAUCAGCAGAAGUUCUUGACAUUUCUAGAACAGAAAUAGAUUUGAGUCAGACGCCUGAUAUAAACCAGCCUGAUUCUUGCAUGUUACCCAUAGACAGUGACAACCACAGUAGUCUUGGUGCUGCAAAAGUUUAUACCAUCAUUCUGGAUGUUGAUCAAUCUCCAUUAAAACCUGAGAAGCACCAGUCAGAUGAUGAUAAUGAAUAUGGUCCUGGAAAUUCUGCUGCUAAUUCAGAGGAUGUGAAAUCAGGAACAAACAUAUAUAGUGAGGAUCAUAUGCAGUCACUGGAUUGUCAAGAGGAAAUGCAAUCAUCCAUACAAACAGAACCAGUGCAACCAAGUCAGAAUGAAAAUGCUGAUCUUCAACAAGUCCAAACCCCUGUUGGUAUAGAAGAUUCCUGUGGAGACAUAGAUGUGUCACAACAUCAAGCUUCUUUGUUACCUGACAGAGAAUCUGUAGAGGCAGAUGUGCAGCAAUGUCAAGCAGUUCAAGAAAUUGGACUUGAUACUAUGUCCAUUUCCUAUCAGCAAACUGAUGGCUCUAUUGAUCAGGGCAGGAAAGAGAGGCAACAGAAAGCUACUGGAUAUGACAAAAGCACAAAUGAGCUGGACACCAAACAGUCUAAAGGAAAAGACAGCCAUCAUUACCAGCAGUCCGGUUCUGUUAAGAAAAAGAAGAAAAGUAAGAUUGUGAUGAAAACAGAUAAAAGAGUUAAUACAGAAGACCGGAAAAGUGAAACAACAAUCUCCAAAGAAAUGAGUGAAGGCAGCUCUCAGCAUCAUCACACAACUAGCGCACGUCAUCUUGAUGCCACAGACACAACACAGCCUGCAGUCACAGAAGAGGAUGUGCUGAAUAACCAGGGAGUUGAUUCAACUAAAGAUCUUGAUGGAAGAAAUGUUUCCUACCAGCUGCACACUAUGUCUAUAGAUUGUGACACAGGUGGCAGACAACAAAAAGCAAGCCCAAGCACCAAAAGCACAACUGACCCAGAAACUGAACAGGCAAAAUCCAAAGAGGACACCAAGUUCAGGCAAGAACCUGAAUAUUCAGACACAAUAAUUGAUAUUUCACAAGGUCCAGUACCAGAGGUUCUUCAAAUUUCUAGAACAGAAAUAGAACAUAAACAGACAAAUACAGAAGAAGAUUAUGUCACGUUCAGAAGGGGAACUGAGCCGACACACAGAGAAGCUGAUGUUUCUUAUGGUCCAGAUUCAGAAGUUCUCCAAAUUUCUGCAACAGUAAUUGACCCUUCAAAUCAGACACCUGAUGCAAACCAGCCUGAAUUUAGGACAGUACACAUGGACAGUGACAACAAAGUCAGCAUUGGGCCUGCAACAGUCUGUAAAUCCAUUCAGGAUGUUGAUCAGCGCACAGCCAAACCUGAUGGGCAGCAGUCAGUGAAGUAUCCUACAGCAGGAUAUCCUAAUGACUUCAGUUUUGACAGUCUCACUGAUAAUGCAGCUGACUCUAAAUCAAGCAGAACAAAAAGUGAUGAGGCUCAAACGAAGUCAGUGGACAAUGUUGUGAAAAUCCAACUGUCCUUACAUACAGAAUCAGUGCAAUCAGUUCAGAAUGAAGAUGCUGAUUUUUCACAUAAUACAUCAGCAGAAGUUCUUGACAUUUCUAGAACAGAAAUAGAUUUGAGUCAGAUGCCUGAUAUAAACCAGCCUGAUUCUUGUAUGUUACCCAUAGACAGUGACAAGCAAAUUAGUCUUGGUGCUGAAAAUGUUUAUACCAUCAUUCUAGAUGUUGAUCAAUCUCCAUUAGAACCUGAGAAGCCCCAGUCAGAUGAUGAUAAUGAGUAUGGUCCUGGAAAUUCUGCUGCUAAUUCAGAGGAUGUGAAAUCAGGAACAAAAGUAUAUAGUGAGGAUCAUAUGCAGUCACUGGAUUGUCAAGAGGAAAUGCAAUCAUCCAUACAAACAGAACCAGUGCAACCAAGUCAGAAUGAAAAUGCUGAUCUUCAACAAGUCCAAACCCCUGUUGGUAUAGAAGAUUCCGGUGGAGACAUAGAUGUGUCACACCAUCAAGCUUCUUUGUUACCUGACAGAGAAUCUGUAGAGGCAGACGUGCAGCAAUGUCAAGCAGUUCAAGAAAUUGGACUUGAUACUAUGUCCAUUUCCUAUCAGCAAACUGAUGGCUCUAUUGAUCAGGGCAGGAAAGAGAGGCAACAGAAAGCUACUGGAUAUGACAAAAGCACAAAUGAGCUGGACACCAAACAGUCUAAAGGAAAAGACAGCCAUCAUUCCCAGCAGUCUGGUUCUGUUAAGAAAAAGAAGAAAAGUAAGAUUAUGAUGAAAACAGAUAAAAGAGUUAAUACAGAAGACCGGAAAAGUGAAACAACAAUCUCCAAAGAAAUGAGUGAAGGCAGCUCUCAGCAUCAUCACACAACUAGCGCACGUCAUCUUGAUGCCACAGACACAACACAGCCCGCAGUCACAGAAGAGGAUGUGCUGAAUAACCAGGGAGUUGAUUCAACGAAAGAUCUUGAUGGAAGAAAUGUUUCCUACCAGCUGCACACUAUGUCUAUAGAUUGUGACACAGGUGGCAGACAACAAAAAGCAAGCCCAAGCACCAAAAGCACAACUGACCCAGAAACUGAACAGGCAAAAUCCAAAGAGGACACCAAGUUCAGGCAAGAACCUGAAUACUCAGACACAAGAAGUGAUAUUUCACAAGGUCCAGUGCCAGAGGUUCUUCAAGUUUCUGGAACAGAAAUAGAACAGAAACAGACAAAUACAGAAGAAGAUUAUUUCACGUUCAGAACGGGCACUGAGCCGACACACAGAGAAGCUGAUGUUUCUUAUGGUCCAGAUUCAGAAGUCCUCCAAAUUUCUACAACAGUAAUUUACCCUUCAAAUCAGACACCUGAUGUAAACCAGCCUGAAUUUAGGACAGUACACAUGGACAGUGACAACAAAGUCAGCAUUGGGCCUGCAACAGUCUGUAAAUCCAUUCUGGAUGUUGAUCAGCCGACAGCCAAUCCUGAUGGGCAGCAGUCAGUGAAGUAUCCUACAGCAGGAUAUCCUAAUGACUUCAGUUUUGACAGUCUCACUGAUAAUGCAGCAGACUCUAAAUCAAGCAGAACAAAAAGUGAUGAGGCUCAAACGAAGUCAGUGGACAAUGUUGUGAAAAUCCAACUGUCCUUACAUACAGAAUCAGUGCAAUCAGUUCAGAAUGAAGAUGCUGAUUUUUCACAUAAUACAUCAGCAGAAGUUCUUGACAUUUCUAGAACAGAAAUAGAUUUGAGUCAGAUGCCUGAUAUAAACCAGCCUGAUUCUUGCAUGUUACCCAUAGACAGUGACAACCAAAGUAGUCUUGGUGCUGCAAAAGUUUAUACCAUCAUUCUGGAUGUUGAUCAAUCUCCAUUAGAACCUGAGAAGCACCAGUCAGAUGAUGAUAAUUACUUUGGUCCUGGAAAUUCUGCUGCUAAUUCAGAGGAUGUGAAAUCAGGAACAAAAGUAUAUAGUGAGGAUCAUAUGCAGUCACUGGAUUGUCAAGAGGAAAUGCAAUCAUCCAUACAAACAGAACCAGUGCAACCAAGUCAGAAUGAAAAUGCUGAUCUUCAACAAGUCCAAACCCCUGUUGGUAUAGAAGAUUCCUGUGGAGACGUAGAUGUGUCACACCAUCAAGCUUCUUUGUUACCUGACAGAGAAUCUGUAGAGGCAGAUGUGCAGCAAUAUCAAGCAGUUCAAGAAAUAGGGCCUGAGACUAUAACCAUUACCUAUGAGCAAACUGAUGGAUCUAUAGAUCAGGGCAGGAAAGAGAGACAACAGAAAGCAACUGGAUAUGACAAAAACACAAAUGAGCAGGACACCAAACAGGCUAAAGGAAAAGACAGCCAUCAUUCCCAGCAGUCCGGUUCUGUUAAGAAAAAGAAGAAAAGCAAUAGUGUGAUUAAAACAGAUAAAAGAGUUAAUACAGAAGACCGGAAAAGUGAAACAACAAUCUCCAAAGGAAUGAGUGAAGGCAGCUCUCAGCAUCAUCACACAACUAGCGCACGUCAUCUUGAUGCCACAGACACAACACAGCCUGCAGUCACAGAAGAGGAUGUGCUGAAUAACCAGGGAGUUGAUUCAACUAAAGAUCUUGAUGGAAGAAAUGUUUCCUACCAGCUGCACACUAUGUCUAUAGAUUGUGACACUGGUGACAGACAACAAAAAGCAAGCCUAAGCACCAAAAGCACAACUGACCCAGAAACUGAACAGGCAAAAUCCAAAGAGGACACCAUCAAGUUCAGGCAAGAACCUGAAUUCUCACACACAAUAAGUGAUAUUUCACAAGGUCCAGUACCAGAGGUUCUUCAAAUUUCUGGAACAGAAAUAGAACAGAAACAGACAAAUACAGAAGAAGAUUAUGUCACGUUCAGAACGGGCACUGAGCCGACACACAGAGAAGCUGAUGUUUCUUAUGGUCCAGAUUCAGAAGUCCUCCAAAUUUCUACAGCAGUAAUUAACCCUUCAAAUCAGACACCUGAUGCAAACCAGCCUGAAUUUAGGACACUACACAUGAACAGUGACAACAAAGUCAGCAUUGGGCCUGCAACAGUCUGUAAAUCCAUUCUGGAUGUUGAUCAGCCCACAGCCAAACCUGAUGGGCAGCAGUCAGUGAAGUAUCCUACAGCAGGAGAUCCUAAUGACUUCAGUUUUGACAGUCUCACUGAUAAUGCAGCAGACUCUAAAUCAAGCAGAACAAAAAGUGAUGAGGCUCAAAUGAAGUCAGUGGACAAUGUUGUGAAAAUCCAACUGUCCUUACAUACAGAAUCAGUGCAAUCAGUUCAGAAUGAAGAUGCUCAAUCACAUCAACAGCAGGCCAAUGUUUGUGCAGACAGUACCACUGAAGAUGCAGAUUUGUCAAGUCAAGAAUCUACAAUACCAGUAAUGGAUGCAUUGCAGAAUCAACAAGUUGUUACAACAGCAGAGAUUAAUGUUAGAUCUGAUUACUCCCAAAAAUCUCCUGUGUAUCCAGAUCCACACCAACAGCCAGGGCACAAGAGGGCGAUCCCAAUUGAGAGAAAUGAACCAGAUUCAGAACAGGCAAAACCAGAAGAAACUAGUAAGUUCAGAGCAGUAAGUGAACAAAAACAAGAAGAAGUUGAUUUUUCACAUAAUACAUCAGCAGAAGUUCUUGACAUUUCUAGAACAGAAAUAGAUUUGAGUCAGACGCCUGAUAUAAACCAGCCUGAUUCUUGUAUGUUACCCAUAGACAGUGACAACCACAGUAGUCUUGGUGCUGCAAAAGUUUAUACCAUCAUUCUGGAUGUUGAUCAAUCUCCAUUAAAACCUGAGAAGCACCAGUCAGAUGAUGAUAAUGAAUAUGGUCCUGGAAAUUCUGCUGCUAAUUCAGAGGAUGUGAAAUCAGGAACAAAAAUAUAUAGUGAGGAUCAUAUGCAGUCACUGGAUUGUCAAGAGGAAAUGCAAUCAUCCAUACAAACAGAACCAGUGCAACCAAUUCAGAAUGAAAAUGCUGAUCUUCAACAAGUCCAAACCCCUGUUGGUAUAGAAGAUUCCUGUGGAGACGUAGAUGUGUCACACCAUCAAGUUUCUUUGUUACCUGACAGAGAAUCUGUAGCGGCAGAUGCGCAGCAAUAUCAAGCAGUUCAAGAAAUAGAACCUGAGACCAUAACCAUUUCCUAUCAGCAAACUGAUGGAUCUAUAGAUCAGGGCAGGAAAGAGAGACAACAGAAAGCUACUGGAUAUGACAAAAGCACAAAUGAGCAGGACACCAAACAGUCUAAAGGAAAAGACUGCCAUAAUUCCGAGGAUUCCAGUUCUGUUAGGAAAAAGAAGAAAAGCAAGAGUGUGAUGAAAACAGAUAAAAGAGUUAAUACAGAAGACCGGAAAAGUGAAACAACAAUCUCCAAAGAAAUGUGUGAAGGCAGCUCUCAGCAUCAUCACACAACUAGCGCACGUCAUCUUGAUGCCACAGACACAACACAACCUGCAGUUACAGAAGAGGAUGUGCUGAAUAACCAGGGAGUUGAUUCAACUAAAGAUCUUGAUGGAAGAAAUGUUUCCUACCAGCUGCACACUAUGUCUAUAGAUUGUGACACAGGGGACAGACAACAAAAUGCAAGCCCAAGCACCAAAAGCACAACUGACCCAGAAACUGAACAGGCAAAAUCCAAAGAGGACACCAUCAAGUUCAGGCAAGAACCUGAAUUCUCACACACAAUAAUUGAUAUUUCACAAGGUCCAGUACCAGAGGUUCUUCAAAUUUCUGGAACAGAAAUAGAACAUAAACAGACAAAUACAGAAGAAGAUUAUAUUACGUUCAGAACAAGAACUGAGCCAACACACAGAGAAGCUGAUGUUUCUUAUGGUCCAGAUUCAGAAGUCCUCCAAAUUUCUACAACAGUAAUUAACCCUUCAAAUCAGACACCUGAUGCAAACCAGCCUGAAUUUAGGACAGUACACAUGGACAGUGACAACAAAGUCAGCAUUGGGCCUGAAACAGUCUGUAAAUCCAUUCUGGAUGUUGAUCAGCCCACAGCCAAACCUGAUGGGCAGCAGUCAGUGAAGUAUCCUACAGCAGGAGAUCCUAAUGACUUCAGUUUUGACAGUCUCACUGAUAAUGCAGCAGACUCUAAAUCAAGCAGAACAAAAAGUGAUGAGGCUCAAAUGAAGUCAGUGGACAAUGUUGUGAAAAUCCAACUGUCCUUACAUACAGAAUCAGUGCAAUCGGUUCAGAAUGAAGAUGCUGAUUUUUCACAUAAUACAUCAGCAGAAGUUCUUGACAUUUCUAGAACAGAAAUAGAUUUGAGUCAGAUGCCUGAUAUAAACCAGCCUGAUUCUUGUAUGUUACCCAUAGAAAGUGACAACCAAAGUAGUCUUGGUGCUGCAAACGUUUAUACCAUCAUUCUGGAUGUUGAUCAAUCUCCAUUAAAACCUGAGAAGCACCAGUCAGAUGAUGAUAAUGAUGUUGGUCCUGGAAAUUAUGCUGCUAAUUCAGAGGAUGUUAAAUCAGGAACAAAAAUAUAUAGUGAGGAUCAUAUGCAGUCACUGGAUUGUCAAGAGGAAAUGCAAUCAUCCAUACAAACAGAACCAGUGCAACCAAGUCAGAAUGAAAAUGCUGAUCUUCAACAAGUCCAAACCCCUGUUGGUAUAGAAGAUUCCUGUGGAGACGUAGAUAUGUCACACCAUCAAGCUUCUUUGUUACCUGACAGAGAAUCUGUAGAGGCAGAUGUCCAGCAAUAUCAAGCAGUUCAAGAAAUUGAACCUGAUACUAUAUCCAUUCAACAAUCUACAAUACCAGUCAUGGAUGUGCUGCAGAAUCAGGAAGCUGUUACUACAGCAGAGAUUUAUUUUGAUGACAACGUGGACAGACUAAAAAUCACAAAUUUAGAUGCCACGGUUGACCCAGAUACUGAUAAGGCUGAAUCAGAUUCAUACAUUUUCAAAACUAAUCCAACACACAGACGCACUGAUAUUUCACAAUGUCCAGUCCCAGAGGAAGAUGAAUUUCCUACUACUGACUUGUCAAAUCAGAUAUCUGAUACAAACAAGUGUGAACCUCAUAUGUCAUCCACGAAGAGUGAAACCAGUAAUACCCCUUGGACUGAUCAAGUAUUUACUAUUAUUCCCGAUGUUGAUCAUCCCAUACUUAAACCUGAUGCUCAGGAGUCUAUGGAGCUUCCCAAAGCUGGAGAUGCUGAUGAAUUCAGUUCUGAACACUUGUCAGAUUUGUCAAGUAAACAAGCUUCAGCGUUUUCAACGCUAACAAUUCAGACUCGAAAUCCUCAUUCCCAAGUCCAAAUCUCUGUUGAUGCAGAAACAUCUGGACAUGAAGAUAUGUCAGUUGAUCAAGAUUGUAUGAUGCUUCACAGAGAUAUUACAGGAACACAUGUGCUGCAUAAUGAGGUUGUUGCUAUAACAGAAGAUCAUGACCCCACUGGCAAUAUGAUCGGAGCGAAUAAAAAUGACCAGGCCAUAGAAGACUCUCACGAAACAACAAAUAUAAAUCAAGCACCCACUGAACUAGCAAUAGCAGGUGACAGAGAGUGUUUUAAGCCUGCCAGUCCUAUAAUUCUGAAGCAAAACACAAAGGAAGAACAGACAAAUUAUCAAGAACAAAAGAAGUCUGAGACGUCUAGUUCCAACAAAACGAGUGAAGGCAGCUCUCUGCAAUCUCAAACGGCUACAAGGCAUAUAAAUGCCACUGAAACAACAAUAACUGAAUCCAAAGAAUAUAGUCAAAAAUAUACUCCAUCACCCACAAAUGUCUGUACUUUAGCUGUUAAAGCAUUGGAUGCUAUAGAAGGCAGAGAAGACAUGGAUUUCCCAGAGAAUACAGAUAGACAGCUGAGUGAAACAAGGUCCACCCUUGUAGGUACUAGCCAUUCCAGUACCACAGGCAGUCAUCCUUACAAUAUAAAGUCAACAGACCUUAACAACAGCAUUCAGAAGCAAGUUCCUAAUUCAGGGGACAUUUCAGAGACAUCCAGAGCUGAGUCACAGAUAACCACUGCAGUACCAUUACAGCUCGAUUUCAGCAUCCAUGCAGAAGCAGGCUCAAAGGAGCAGGCUGAGAAUACAGACAGCAGUGACUGCUUACAGACACAAGAAAUGUUCAAAGCCAAAAAUGGAAGUGAAGGAGAUCAAUGUGAAGGCUUCAAGGACAACAGCAAGCUAACAAGGACAGCAAACCAGCUUUCCUGUGCAUCUGCACUGGGCACCUUAUUGGAUAUAAACAGAAAUGUUCACUCUGUAAUGGAUACCAGUGAUGAUCCCAGAGAAUAUAAGACUAUGGAGGCACAGUGGCCUCUACAGCCAUUGGCUACAGAAAUGGAGAACCAACUAGGAAGGUCUAUUCUUAACAUUUUGAAAUGUCGAUAUAAGCCAGCCCAGCUCAGCAAAGAACUAAUGACUCAGCAACUUCAGGAAGCAGAGACCUAUAAACAGUAUGUUGAGGAGCAGUUGGCUUCACAAUCUCAGUGUGGAGGCUUGGAUCUCUCUCAGCUCAACCAGAAUAUGAAGGAGAGAUGGAAUUCAGUGCUGGUGGAUGCUACAGCCACAGUAAAGGUUAAAGAGGCUCAGCUCCAACAGGUCACACAAUAUCACCUAGAAAUAAAAGCCAUCCAAGACAUGCUUCAGGAACUGGAGGAAGAGUUGGAUUCACUGAGCCUGGUUUCUUUAAAAAGCAGUGCUGUUCAAGCAAAAAAACUCAGUGCAUUCCUCAAGCACAUGGAUCAAAACAGGAAGAUGCUAGAAGACCUGAUGCAUACAAGUUGCCAUUUGUUACCUUAUUUAGGAGAGGCUGAGCGUGCAGUGUCAUGUCUUAUCCAGGUUAAAAAUUUGCAGAAAAAAUGGCAGAUUUUAGAGGGCACAGCAGACAGAACCUUAACGCAUGCUGACCAUUGUAUAUCAGAAACUUCUAUACUAAUUAAGGAUGCUAACACAUGUCUUGGUGAAUUAAAGGUUCUGCAGAUAGCUUCUCCCUCACCUUUGACUCAGAUAAAAGACUGUCAAAGGGCCAUACAAGAAAUGAUAACAUUUUAUAAGUUUGUGGAAAUAAAUGAACAAUACAUGUAUCUUCUUGAGCACUCACAGGCUCUUUUCCAAUGUCCACUUGGGGAGAAGGAGAAGGAAGACAUUAGCAAUGCUUUCCAGAAUCUGAAAUCUCAGUUGGAUUGUGUUCAAGAGAAUCAUUGUGCUGAGUCUGUCUGUCCCACUGACCACCUAUUGGCAGAGAUCAUUGAUACUAUGAAAAGCUGGUUUGCUUGGGCAAAACAAACAGAGAACAGAAUCAUCAGGAAAAAGAAGUUAUGUCUUUUCCCAGAGGAAGCCAGUCAGCAGGUUACCAGCAUGAAGAAACUGCAGUCAGACAUAUCCUCCAAGCAAUUCACAUUGUCCUCUGUGGUUAUGAAAUUAAAAGAACAGAUUGCAGGACUUAGCCAGGUGGAUUCUCAUCAUAUGUUAUCUGCAAUCCAGACUUUAGAGAAUAUCUACAGUAAGAUCUCAGAGAAGGCAGAGAAUGUUUCUGCAGAACUUAACCAAAUGCUGCAUGCUAGACAGAGACUGGACAUGCAGAUUACAGAUAUUACCACCUGGUUGGUCUCACUCUUAGAGAAAGAAUCAAAUAAAGCUGCAGCAAUCCAGUUUGGAAGCUCUAUCACAGACUUGCGAGUCUACCAGCAAAAGGAGAAAUCUACUUUAAAAGAAGCUGAGAAGCGGCUAUCUAUCAUUCAGACACUUCUGGAUGAAACAAAGAACACAAGUCAUGGUCUCAGUUCUGUAGACACUUUCCACCUUAUCAACAAACUCAGCACCCUGCAAGAAGAGAUCACUGGAAUUGUAAAAUGUAAAGAAACCAAAUGUUGGGAGCUAAAGGAGAUCUUGAAAGCCCAGAAAUCAUAUACAGAAGAAUUUACUGCCAUCCAGAAGAGUUUACGUCAAAUAACAACUGACCUUGAGAAGCAAAGAUAUCCUGUAACACAAGAACACACACAUGCUGCUUUUGUCCCUAUAAGACACAUGUUAAUAGACCAUCUUUCUCAAGUGCUGGAAUUUCAGCAUUGCCAGGAGAAACAGAGGAAAGACAUUCUACAGACCAUUCUGAGCUUACAGGAGAAAAUGAGGCUCUUGGAUCAGCAGAGCAUGGGACACGAAGAAUAUCUGAAAUCUAAAAAACAUUUAGAAAACCACUUUGAGGAAGUGAAGAAGAGAGUAUUUGAGGUCAUGGACAGCAGCAAAGAUGUUGAUAAAAGACUCCAUUUGGGUCAGACUCUGCUAGUGGAGAUACGUCUGGUGAAGAUAUACUGUCAGGAAACUGCAGAGCAACUGGAGGCCAUUUCUGGUGACCUCUUCCCAUCACAGUUGAACUCAGAGAGGCAAAAGAUUCAAAACAGGCUUCAAAGUCUUUCUACCUGGGAAAAAUGUAUUAGCAAUGAUGUUGAAAACCAGGAGGACUCCCUACUGGCUAGCAGCUUUAGCAAUCUUAGGAAGCUGACUCCAAUAACUGACCACUUUAUGAGAGUUGAAAAGCAGCUAAAGCAGAACAGCUGCCUGGAUCCAAGUGACCAGGCCAUUACUGUUGCACUACAAACAUGCUUGACACUGGAGCGGUCAUUGACUUCAGUACUGCGAAUAUUGGAGAUUUCCAACGACUGGAAAGCUGUUGAAGGUUAUGGAAAAACCACCGACACAGGAAAAAGAAUUUUAAACGACUGUAAAAUGCAGAUGGAAAACCUUCUCAAGGCAAAGGAGGCCCUGAAAGACUAUAAUAGUGCUCUCCGUCGAGCUGUUGGAUUUCUUCAGAAGGUUGAGACUGAUCUCUUGGUUCCUUCUGCCAGCUUCAAAGACACUGAGGAAGAACUUAACUGUACUCAACAACUUCUUACUAAUCUGUCAAAAGGAUUCCAGGAUCACAUAACUGAAUUUCAGGCUCGACUGCCCUCACAAGCAUGUUUUUCUCCUAAAACAAAGACUCUCCACAUUCAGUUUGUGAGCCAUCUCUAUGUGACUCAUGCUAAAGUGGAAGCACAAGCACAGCUCAAAGUGGAGACCAUUCAGAUGUGCUUAAUGGAACAAGCAACCCACAAUAAACAGCAUGAAGACAUAAAUCACUUGCUUCAGAACUUUGAUGCCAACCUCACAGACAGCUUCUGCCACAAACAGAUUUCAUUAGAAGAGUGCAAAGACCAACUUGACAAAAUUAAGGUGCUCAAGGAGGAGCUAGUAAAUGUGGGUACAAGGCUGGAGGAUCUGAAAGACCAGUGCCGAGUGCUGAACUGUAAUGUAGCUUCAGAGAAAAACCUGGGACAUCUACUGAAGCACUGGGCCUUACUGCAGUGGCAGCUAACCAUGCUGAAAUCCAGAGUAGCCCAUACAGAAACACAGUGGUUGGAAUUUAAGUUAAGAAUCAAGAGGUCCAGGGAAGCUCUUGACCAUCUUCAACACAGCCUCUCUGAGAUCUCCAAGAUGAAGGAUUCUCACGGAAAGCUUCAAGAGAUCCUAGAACAAACCAAACAGCUCCAAAAUGAACUGGAAAAAGAGCAGCUUACUUUGGUCUCUCUUCAGCGUUAUGAAUCACGACAACUGAGUGCAUCAACACUUCAUAAUACUCUCAGUCCGAUAAGACAGGAGUUGCAAUCACUUCUGAGCCGUUGUGGAAGCCUAAAAGAACAGAGCAGCGAAGUGAGAAAUGAUGUGCUGUCUAAGAUCCAAGAGUGGGGUCGCCUUCAGGACGAAUUAAAGGGAUUGCAGCAAAGUGUUUUGUCUCUGCUGUUGGUCCUGCAGAGUCAGUCAGAUCCCAGACAUAUACGGGAGGUCAGAGCAGAGGUAGAUGUCCAAAAUGUCAGACUGCAUGACAUUAUGGACAGGGUGAUGAAGAUGAGCAAAGACCCACCUAGAGAGAUUCAGAAUCUACACGACCAAAUCACUCUGUCCCUGAAGGAAUCUAAAAACAAUGUGGAACAGGCUAUGGAGAACAGUGGCUCUCUUAAGAGAAUAAGUGAGCAUGUGGACAAAGUGACUUUGGGUUUAAGAGGUGCUGAGGCUCUGCUGCAGCAGAAGAGUCCCACUGUAAGAGAAGCUGAGAGCAUACUCAAGCGUUUAUGGGAUGAACUGGACCAGUGGCACUCACGGAUUACUGAGCUAGAGGCAGAGGUUCAAGAGCUGGCUGAGGAACAACCUGAGAGAGCUCACAUACUGAUGGAUGAGCUCACCAAACCCCUGCAGCUCUACCAGGCUGUAGCCAAGCAGGCAGAGCAGAGAACCGCAUUCAUUAACCGAAUCCCUACUUGUCUCCAAGAGUAUGAGGACAUUCUGCACAGCUCUACAUGCUGGCUGGCUGAGGCUCAGUCCUGGCUAAAGUCUCCUCAGUCCUACACGACUGCCAAGUGUCUGCACAGCCAUGUAAACGCCCUGCAGAUGAUGCUGGAUGACUCAGAAGGGAUACAAGGGUCUAUGGAGGCUUUUGGGCCUUCACUCCAGGAGAUAUCAGCUGUAUAUGACACCAGCACUGAGGAGCAGAACCUUUUGCAGAUCCGCACCAACAUUAGUCACAUGCAGCUCAGUGUUCUGGAGCCACUUUCUCACCUCCAGCAUGCAGCAGAAGAGAUGGAUGCAAUUGAAACUGAAGUGAAGACAAUGGAGAAAAGUAUCGCACAGAUUAAAAGUAUCUUAUCUACUGUAGAGACAGAGGAGAUUCCUCCAGAGGAGCACCUUCAAAACAGACAGGUAAUACUAGAAAACCUGCAGGCCAUGCAGAGGACCUUAGCUGAAAUCGAGAGGUGCAAGGAUGGACUGGGUCUGCCUCCAGGAGCCGAAAUCAGUCUCUCGGUCUUCCACACAGCUGAGCAGCUUUGUCCCCAGAUCAAUGAGCUCCACAAGCUCACUGAGGAGCAAAGCACCACAUUCAGGGCUGCUAUUGGUCACUCUGUGCCUGUUACUUCUUCCUCUGAUGGAGGAAUGGUUUCCAGUCUCGCCCUUCAGUGCUCUGGGGAAGUGAUGCAGGUGCCUGUGGAAACAGCGAACUCAAAGGAUGAGGAUGGUGAUGAAUAUGAUGAUGAAAGCAGUCACUCUUCGUCCUCAGAGACUCUCACUUGCAGUUCUCCAGAGGACCAAGAUGAGAUUUCACUGGUUGAAGUUUCUGGUCAUGAAGUUACUGCCGUAUCUAUCACUAAGGAAUCAUUUCUGGAAUCAAGAGAAAGGACAGAAGAGACUAAACUAGAAAGUGGUACUUUACCUACAUCUAUAAUUUCAAAUACAACAUGCAGCAGGUCAGUUGAUGCUGAUGAUAGAGCUCACGUGCCUGUUACAACUCCAGAGACAUUGUUACCUCUGACAAUCAAACCUGAUGUACAACUUAACAUCCUAUCUAAAGAAACUGAGGAAACGAUGGAGGACAUUAAAUAUCAGGAAACAACAGAAAUUCCAGAAGGUGUGACACAUACAAUUGAAUUAAAACCAAAGCAGAUAGGGGCUUCUUCUGUAAAGCAAGUACUGGUUUGUACAAACAAGAAUGUUUUGAGCAUAGAAGAGUCCAGCAUUCAAGAAAUAUUAACUGAACAAUUCAAAGAGUCCAGCACCAAACCAACUGAGAAAGAUCAUAUGACAUGCUAUACAGUCACUGAGGACCACAAGCAAGUUGAGAUUGCUGUUCCUGCACUGGAAACAAAAAGUAACUCUCAAGAGGACACAGCACUGAGCACUGAUGAGACUCCAAGGAAUAAGACUUCUGUUGAAAUCUCCACUAUCAUUGUGGAACAAGUGUCUCUCACUAAGGUAUCUCCUGCUAAAGAAAUCUCCAGUUCUGAAAAGUCAGUGGCAUCUGUAUGCUUGAAAACUAAGUCUAAACCUGAAAAUGGUACAUCAUCUAAACAAAUAUCCAUUGCUGAUGAUGCUGUUAGUGUUUCUGCCAGUGUUUGUCCACCACUUCUUGAUAUAUCAAUGCCUGUGACAACCGAUCCCAUUGUGAAACUUAGCCUACCAACUAAAAUGAUGGGUAAAAAGACGGAGGAAUCACUGAAGGCCAAAACAAUGGAAAAGCCUGAAGAAGUGACACAGAUUGAUGCACUAAAACAAGAGCAGAUAGGGGCAUCUGCUGUAAAGCCUGGAUUAAUUAGUAAAGACAAGGACAUUGUAGACAUAGGGACUGAGUCAGACCUUCAGGAAAUGUUGGAAGAAUUUAAAUCCAAACCUAUAGAGAAAGAAAUCCUACGACAUUCUGCAGUCAGUGAAGACCAACAGGGAGCUGUCUCAUUCUUGACUGCAGUGCCUAUAUUGGACACAAACACUGCUCCUCAGAAGGAUACAGCACUGCAGCAGAUGCAGAGGGAGCUAGAAGAGCAGAGAAAUCUGAUCCAGGCCAUUGCUCACCAGAGCAGUAGCUCUGAUUUGGAGAAGGAAUACCAGACCCAGUCUCAGAAAUGUGAAAGAUCCAUUGAUGGGAGUCUAUAUGUUCACAAACAACCACCGGGGAUGGAAGUAACCUGGGAUCAGCUUCUGUCCAGACUAAGCCUACUGCUGCACUCUGUAAACACUGAGCAGGACAGAACUAUGUUAGAGGUGAAAAGUGUAGGUGAGGUUGAAGUGGUUAGUGAUACUGGAUCCUCCAUCAUCCAGGAAAUGCAUUGGCAUGUUGAGCAACUUCAGCUUAUCCAACAUUAUCCAGAUGGUAUCGAUCAGUUUAAGCUGUGUGAAGCUUUGAGUAGUCUGGGUCACACACUAUCAAGAAUCACACACAAACUUCAGCCUAAAUCAGAGAUGAGCAGAGAAACCAGCCAGCUCCAUCUGCUCAAUCUGGAGUGUCUGUCAUCACAUCUGGCAUCUGUAAGGAGGAUGAUAAUGAGUAUGGGCCAAGAAAUCACCCUCUCUGAGCUCCCUGAUGCAACUUCAUGUCUGGAGCAAAUCAGUAGCUACAUAUUCUCCAUUCAGAGAUCCUUGUCAACUCAAGAGGAGCUGCUGAGUACGCAGCUAGGUCAUAGUCCACAGCUUCAGAUUGGAGAGCAGUUGCUUGAAAGUCCAGUUUCUGUACUGGAGACCAAAGGAGCUCAACAUAGUAAAUCAACCAGAUUUACUGAAGCUCUGUCCAGCCUACAGGGUGAGCAGGACAAGGUGUGGAGAUCCAUGCGAAAGGACCAGAGGACACAACAAGAGGUUUCAGCACUACAGCGUUGUUAUCAGGCUAACCUACAGGGCCUGAGGGAUCUGUUGGAGCUAGGCUCUGAGCGACUUCAACAUAGCCAAGUCACGCAUCAGCACAGCUGCAGCCAACUCCAGGCCCUGCUCAAAGGACACAAGCAAUACUUCAAGGAGAUAAGGUGGUACCAUAAGAUGAUUCAGUAUCUAUCCAAGCAGAUACCAGAAGGAGCAAUAAAAAAUCAAGAAGAAGUUGAACAGUUGAUCUCAGCACUGGUACUGCAGUCUUUAGGACAAGGAAUUCAAAUACAGCACAACUUUGAGGAACGCUUUCGAUUAGAAGAAACGGAAGUGAAACUGGGAAAACAACUGGAAGAACUGGAGGCAGCAUUGCCUAGUAAUGACCUGAAUACAGAAACUGAACCACAACUACGAGACCGACUGCAGGCCUACCAGCGGUUGCAAAGGCUCCUUGAGGACAGCAGGCCACAGUUGGAGCUGCUGCAAGACCAGGCUUUAUUUCCUGAGAGAGUGAAUCAUGCUGGUCCAAUUUCAGAGCUUCAGGAUAACUGGUUAUCUCUCCACAGACAGCUGGAGCAGGAGCUCCAGCACACACAAGUGAUGCAAGUCAGCUACAAAAGGUUUCAGUGCACUUCUGCUGAACUGGAAGUGUGGAUUGCUUCUGCAGUCACAAAUGUGCAACUAUGGAACAAUCUGUGUGAUCCUAAUCCACAGGAUUCAGACUGUCUUCUGUUAAAUAUCAUGAACUUCUUUAAGGAGCUGGAAAGCCGGUCGGUACAGAAAGCCAGCGCAGUGAGAGCAGGCACGCAGGUCCAACAGCUGUCAGACACAGAUGCUAAUGAAAUACGUCAGCAUUUGUUUCAGCUUGAGAAAGACUGGACAGAGCUCGCUAAUGCUGUACCCUCCGUUCAGUGCACACUGCAGCAGCUCCUGGCAGUUCUAGGACAGAGUAAGGUCAGGGCUUAUCUGUCCUCCUGGUUUGAGCAAAUGAAGAGCAGACUGGAGGAGGAGAGCUCCAGAGAGCAUCAUGUCCUGAACUCUACCGAGCUCAGCACGCUUCUGCAGACUCUAAAGGACUGUAAAGCAGAAACAAGUGGUUGGCAGCCAUGUAUAGACUUUCUCAACCACUCUGUAGAAGAGACCGGCUUUGUGGGUGAUGCAGCCAAUCGCAUUGAGCGCUUGAAACUUUCAGAGCAGUUGGGAGCCCUCAAUCUCUCUUGGAUCCUCUUACAAAGAGAGAUUGACAUCAAGAUGCGAGAAAUAGAGCAAAAAAUGCAGGACUGUGCACAGAGAGAGGAACAUCUGCAGCGCCUCCACAGCUGGAUCUCAGCGCAGGAAAAGAAGAUGAAAGCGAAUGAGAGGCCAACCGGCAGGAUACAGAUACAGCAAGCUUUAAAGGAGUCUGAGGAGGUGGAGGAAAUGUUAAAGCUGAAAUCCACUGAGCUGCUGCACAUGAGAUCUCAUCACAUGUUAGGGCAGAAGGAUGGCCAGCACCCAGGAGAUCAGACAUUCUCCUCGCAGGUGGAAAGCACCAAUGAGCAGUGCCAGAGUCUGAUGAAACAGAUGAGUGCUGUUCGGACUGUUCUGGUCGGGCUGAAGGAGCAGUGGGCUCAGUUGGAUGCAGCACAAAGGGAUGCAGCUCUGCACACUGUCAGCAUAACCUAUGAGCUGGAGUGCAGCAAGAUCCCCGCAUUGUCACUCCAGCAGAGCAAAGAACAUGUAGAUCAUCUUCAGGAGCUUCAGAUGGAGGUUGAAAGAUCAGAGCAGACUUGGAUGAAUUUGUCCAGGCUUUUUUCAGACCUAGAAGACAAAAUCCACCCUGGUGCUGCUGUACUUCUGUCUGAUGAAUUGGGUCAAAGGAAAACACGGUGGAUGGAUGUGAAGCGUGACGUCAGUUUGGAGCUGCAGAAGGCUCAGGUGGAACUGCGUCUCUGGCAGGACUAUAGGCUGUUAUACGAGGGCUGCUCUAAGCUUUUGAACCAGUACUGGGAGCAAUGUGAGGCAUUUUGUAGCCUUCCGAAAAAACAGGACUAUGACAUUGAGCUGCUUCACAGCAAGAUCAACAACAUCAUCGGGUUAGAGCACAAACUAGAAGAAUUGAAUGUCAACAUUGGAAAUGUGUUAGAGGCUUCUAAGCUUCUCAUGGCACAGUUAGAGCCUCAGGCAGCCACUGUGAUCCAAUCAGAAGCCAGUCUUCUGUCAAAUGAUCUUGUGCAUCUACGUCAGGAGCUAGUUAAAACAAGAGGACAGCUGCAGGAGGAGCUGGAAGAUCGUGUCUGUUUCAAUACGGAUUUGAAAUCACUAAUGCAGUGUCUCAAAAGAUCUGAAAAGUCCCCCAGUGCAAGCAGUGAACAUCUAAAGCUGGCUCUUCUGGAGUUGAGUGCACGGACCCCUGACCUCGGUACUCUGAAUGAACAGAGCCUCAGAUUGCCACUUGCUAUAUCUGAGGCUGAGCAGCUGCAGUUCCUCAAUUCACAAUGGGUGCAAGUCUUCACCCAGUCUGCGAACAGACACAGGGAAAUGUAUAGCGUGCAGUUGUGUGAUCACAGCUUCCAGCAGAAGUGCCAAGCUUGGAUGGUUCUACUGGAGAAAUUGGAAUCCGGGCUCUCCACAGACAUAUCUGGAAAUGAAAUUUCUAUGAGAGAUCAGCUUGCAUUACACCAGAAGCUUAAGAUGGAAGUGCUGAUUGGCCAGCAGCUCCUGGAUGCUGUGGUCAGUGAGGAAUUGCAGAUUUUGGAUAAAAGUCAGGUAGAAGACAGGAAAGAUCUGAUUCUGAAGUUGGCCCAGUUGAAGGAGCAAUGGCGGGGAACACUGCGUAGGGUUCAGCAGCGUAGCAGGUGCCUGGAGCAGCAAACUGAACAAUGGAGGCUGUAUAGAACAGGUCUGAAAAGACUUUGGAGGCUUCUGAAGGGCUUAGAUCAUUUACUGUCACCUGCUGGAUUGGCACCAUGCAGCUUUCAACAGCUUCAACAAUCCAUUAAGGACUAUGAGCAAGCUCGGGAGAAGCUGAGUGAUCAUGAGGAGCUUUACACCCAGACAGUGCAGUUGUGCAGGCAAAUCUUACCCCUGGCAGAUGUACAGACACAGUCUGAUCUGAAAAAUGAAUCUGCGGCAUUGCAGGAAGCCUGGGAGCAAAGGAAAGAUCUGCUUGUGAAGAGGAAAGUUCUCUCUGAAACUGUUAUUCAGAAUUGGAGUUGCUGUGAGGACGGACUUGCUGAUAGCGCACUCCAUCUAAGAGAGAUUGCUGUCAGACUAAAGCAGCCACCUCUGGACAACAUAGAGCUUCAGGAGAAGCUCAUCAAGGAGGAGGAGAACUCUUUGAAGCUGUGGGCUGGAGGAUUGAAGGAGCUGGUCACCAUGAAGACAGAUAUCUUGCAGUAUGUGAUGUCCACAGAUACAUUGCUUCUCCAUGGACAGGUGGAAGAACUGCACAGCCAGUGGGAAGAACUUUGUCUGAAGGUGUCCAAGCGUAAACAAGAGCUCGCUGACCAUCUGAAUGCAUGGACCAUUUUCAAAGACAAACACAAGGAGCUUUGCGAGUGGUUAGCGCAGAUGGAGAGAAAGGUUUUGCACAGCAGUGAUUACUUCAGCAUCGAAGACAUGAUUGAAAAACUGAAAAAGGACUGCAUGGAGGAGAUUAACCUCUUCAGUGAGAAUAAGAGCCACCUUAAACGGCUGGGGGAGCAGCUUCUAUUAGCCAGUGACCAAGCCAAAGAGGUCAACAUCCAUUGCAUGCUGAAAGAUGUCAGUGACCGUUGGCAGCAUCUGUUUGACCACAUUCAAGCCAGAGUGAAGAAGCUAAAAGAGACUCAGGCUGCUGUGCAGCAACUAGAUAAAAACAUGAGUAACCUGCGGAGCUGGCUGUCCCGCAUCGAGGCAGAGCUGACUAUGCCUGUACUCUACAAUAUCUGCAAUGGGGACGAGAUUAAGAAGAGACUGGAAGAGCAGCAGGAGCUGCAGCAGGACAUUGAGCAGCACACCGAGGGCAUAACAUCUGUACUGACAUUAUGUGACAUCCUACUGCAUGAUGAAGAUGCCUGCAGCAAUGAUUCCAUCCAGCAGACCACUCACAGUCUGAACCAGCGCUGGAGAAGCAUCUGCACCAUGUCCUUAGAGAGGAAGACAAGGAUUGAGGAGACAUGGAGAAUGUGGUGUAAGUUUCAGGACAAUUACUCACAAUUUGAAGACUGGUUAAACUUAGCUGAGCACACUGCUGCUGAACCUAAGUCAUCUGAUGUUCUUUACACCGUGGCUAAAGAGGAGCUCAAAAGAUAUGAGGCUUUCCAGAGAGAGGUACUUGAAAAGCUGGUCCAACUAGAAAUGAUUAAUAGCCAAUAUCGACGGCUAGCCCGGGAGAACCGCACUGACUCAGCUAACAGGCUGCGGACCAUGGUGCACCAGGACAACCAGCGAUGGGACGCUUUGCAUCAGAAAGUGGCAGCCAUUCUGCGCAGACUAAAGCAUUUUACAGCUCAGAGAGAAGAUUUUGAGGGGACACGGAAAAGCCUGCUGGUCUGGCUGACUGAGAUGGACUUGCAACUUACUAAUGUGGAGCACUUGUCAGAGAGCGAUAUCGAACACAAGCUGAAAAAGCUCAAAGGUCUCAAGAAGAAGAUAACUCAGAACACAGAUAAGAUUGACACCCUGAUUGUGAUCGGCGAGGGGCUGAUUCAGAGGAGUGCUCCACUGGAUGCUGUACUUAUAGAGGAUGAGCUUGAGGAACUGCAUUCCUACUGCCAGGAGGUGUUUAGCCGCGUGGGCUGCUUUCACCAGCGCCUCACCAGCCCUCAGCCUCUCUGUACCAGUGAGAGCACUGCAGGGUUGGAAGAUUCUGAUGUAGCCGAACCAAGUCAAGACACAUCCACCGGCCAGUCCUCCAUGUCCCUCCUGGUCCCUCCACAGGAACGAUCAGGCUGCGAGACACCACUUAGUGUCGACUCCAUCCCCUUGGAGUGGGACCACACUGGAGAUGUGGGUGGUUCCUCAUCACAUGAGGAGGAUGAUGAUUCAAGUUUCUUUAGCUGCCUCUCAGGACAAGUUGUGGAAGCUCACAGCUGGCACUCACAGGCUAUUCCAGUUACAGUCACCUAUACCCUUCCUGAUACAAAAGAACACACACCUGAUCUUCCUCAACAUGAAAGUACACCCUAUAAACAAGGCUAUGUUCAGCUCAUGUCUGAGUCAAGCAGCAGCAUUAAGAAUGUGAAGAAGGUCUCAAUCAUCCUGGAUGAUGGUGAACAACAGGAGGACCAUGGAGGCCUCACUAGCCUUUCAGCUGCAGGGAAACAGUCAAGAGUGAUCGAGCGCUGGGAGCUCCUCCAGGCGCAGGCAGUCGGAGAGGAGCAGUGCUACAGCAAAGACCAGAAACAGCUGACGUCUGACCUGCACGACAUCACUUCCUGGCUGGGCCAGGUCAUUCCCGAGCUGGAGAAAUUUCAAAACGAGGAGACAGCAUGUAUUAGUGUGCAGAUCAUGGAGUCCAGGGUCAAACAGCUGAAGGACAUGCAGAAGACUUUUGCACGCUAUAAGACGCUCAUGCUGAGUCUGAACCUGGGUGGGAGGGAGCUGCAGUGUGAAACAGGUCCAGAGGUGCAGCAGCUAAAGGAAGACUUCUGCAGCAUGAACCGAAGCUGGGCUGAGGCCUGUGUGAGUCUGGAGGAGUGGGAAGACAAUCUGCGAAAGUCCUUCAUGCAUUGCCAGGAGUUCCAUGAGACGUUGCACUCUCUCUUGCUGUGGCUGGCCCAUGCAGAAAGCAGAAGAUUCACUGUUAACAUCAAUGAUCCGUCUGUACAGCCAUCCAUGCUGCAUGAACACAGAGCUGUACUGAUGGGUCUGGAAGAGGAGCUGAAUGCCAGGCAGAGGAGAGUGUCAUCUUUGCAGGAGAUCACCACUGAGCUGCUUCCAGAAUCAGGGCCAGAGGACGACUUUGAGACCACAGAGAAGCUCCACGUCAUCCAUAACAAAUUACAUCUGUUGCUGCGUCAGGUCAAGCAGGACCUCCAAACUGUUCAAGAGCGCUUGGACUCCCCUGAGGCACUGGCUCUGGGCAAAGAACAAGAUCCUGAAUCGUCAUCCGAGGAGCAAACAGCCAGCAGAUCAUCCGGUGCCACCAGGAUGCAGAACAGAGACACAUCCCCACCCCGGUCCUUCUUCUAUCGGGUCCUGCGAGCUGCCUUCCCGCUUCACAUCCUCUUGCUCCUGCUGCUGGUUUUCGCUUGCCUGGUACCACUGUCUGAAGAAGACUACAGCUGUAGUCUGUCAAACAACUUUGCUAGAUCAUUCUAUCCCAUGUUACGCUACACAAAUGGACCUCCUCCAACUUAAUACACACACAUAAUACACACACAAAUACUGACCAACUGGUUUAGUUCCAAAGGUGACUCACAAACUUUACAAGCACUCGGUGUGGGAGAGCAUAAUGCUACUGUCCAAAAUGUUUUAAUUAUUGUAUUUAUAAAAGUAAUUUUAUUGUAUUUAUUCCCUAAGAAAAGCCAUACUACUGAGAUUAAAAAAACAAUAGGUUAAGCACAUAAAUUAUCCUAACUGAACCUUGUUAAUACACUGGCUUCCAAUCAUGUUUCAGUGUUUCGAGGGUCACUAAAAGGAGAUUUAAACAUACAUAAUUUCGAUCAUUUGGGUUUUUUCUCCCAUGAUAAACAUGGAUCAUUUUGAUAGAUAGAGAGGCUGGAGUUUGAUGAUACCAUGUUUGAGUGUG